AUGUCUGAUCAACGACCACGUUAUGAACAACAAAUGUCGGAGGUAUUCCAACGCACACAACAAUUUGAAAAGAAACGUCUCGAUUUUUUUAAAGAAAUGUUCGAUGAAUACGAAAAAGUAUUAGAUCUUAACAAUAAUCCAAUGUUGAAAAAAAUGCACGAUGAUUAUCAACAAGCCUUGCAAAUGCAUGAUUCACAACAAGAUAUUACAUGGUGGGAUCAGAAUUAUGGAUCUCAUAUAAAAUAUGAAUUUUUUGAACGACUGCCUAAUUGA